CAAAUGGAUGGGGGAUAUCUCCAAGUGAUGGAGGUGAUGAACUGGAAACCAGAAAGAACCACUAAUUUUCAAGGCGGAACUGGAAGCACAGGGUACUUACUAAAGCUCCGCGAUAAACUAUUAUGAGUUUCUCCAUCAAUUUUGCCGUCUCUCAACCUGCUCAAUCCAUUGUCUUCCCUUCACGAACGCCCAAUUACCAGAUACGGAAUUCAGCUUUAACAAUAACACAUUCUGCUACCCAAAAAGCUAUUGCAAACUCCGCUAUCAAAAUUCCCGAUUCGGUUACAGUUCAUAAAACUGACUCCCAUCUUGAAAUUCAGCAGCUUGUUGAUCUUCUGCGUGAUUGUGUGGAUGCAAGGUUUCUGAAACAAGCCAAAACUGUUCAUGGGUUUUUGUUAAAAUCGGAAUUUUCAAACCACGAUUCUCUGGUCUUGCUUAAUCAUGUUGCUCAUGCUUAUUCGAAAUGCUCCGAUAUUGAUGCUGCCUGUCGCCUGUUUGAUCAAAUGUCCCAGAGAAACAUAUUUUCGUGGACUGUCAUAAUUGUUGGAUUGGCUGAGAAUGGUUUGUUCCUCGAUGGGUUUGAGUUCUUCUGUGAAAUGCAGAGUCAUGGAAUUUUCCCUGAUCAGUUUGCUUAUUCUGGUAUAUUGCAGAUAUGUAUUGGCCUGGAUUCCCUUGAAUUGGGAAAAAUGGUACAUGCCCAGAUUUUUAUUAGAGGCUUUGCAUCUCAUACUUUUGUGUCUACGGCUCUUCUUAAUAUGUAUGCAAAGUUACAACAGAUUGAGAAUUCAUACAAGGUGUUUAAUACCAUGACUGAAGUUAAUGUAGUCUCAUGGAAUGCUAUGAUCUCAGGGUUCACAUCAAACGGUCUCUACUUAGAUGCUUUUGAUCUUUUUCUCAGAAUGAAGAGGGAAGGAGUAACACUCGAUGCACAAACGUUUAUCGGUGUUGCAAAAGCUAUCGGUAUGUUACGAGAUGUGAACAAGGCAAAAGAAGUUAGCUGCUCUGCUUCGGAGUUGGGUGUGGACUCUAAUACUUUUGUGGGAACUGCCCUCAUUGAUAUGCAUUCUAAAUGUGGAUCUUUGCGAGAGGCAAGAUCUAUCUUUGACUCGCAUUUCACAAAUUGUCGGGUUAAUGCACCAUGGAAUGCAAUGAUUUCGGGGUAUUUACAGAGUGAGUUUAAUGAAAAGGCCUUGGAAUUGUUUGCCAAAAUGUGUCUAAACGACAUACACUUAGACCAUUACACUUACUGUAGUGUAUUUAAUGCUAUAGCUGCUUUGAAGUGUUUGUCGUCAGGAAAGAAGGUUCAUGCCAGAGCUAUAAAAUCAGGAUUGGAAGUGAAUUAUAUAAGUAUCUCCAAUGCAGUGGCUAAUGCAUAUGCGAAAUGUGGAUUGCUGGAGGAUGUAAGGAAGGUCUUUUACAGGAUGGAAGAUAGAGAUUUGGUAUCUUGGACCACCCUAGUGACUGCUUAUUCUCAAUGUUCGGAAUGGGAUAAGGCAAUAGAGAUCUUCUCAAAUAUGAGAGAAGAAGGUUAUGCACCCAAUCAGUUUGCCUUUUCUAGCGUGCUUGUUUCAUGUGCUAGCCUUUGCUUACUUGAGUACGGUCAGCAAGUCCACGGGUUCAUCUACAAGGUUGGCUUGGAUAUGGACACAUGUAUUGAAAGUGCUCUGAUUGACAUGUACGCAAAAUGUGGCUGUCUAGCUGAGGCGAAGAAGGUUUUCGAUAGAAUAUCUAAUGCUGAUACAGUGUCGUGGACUGCAAUAAUAGCUGGUCAUGCUCAACACGGUAUUGUUGAUGAUGCCCUUCAACUCUUUAGAAGGAUGGUGCAGUCAGGUGUGGAGCCCAAUGCUGUUACUUUUUUAUGUGUUCUAUUUGCAUGUAGCCACGGCGGGCUGGUAGAGGAAGGCCUACAGUACUUCAAGCUAAUGAAGGAAACCUAUAGUUUGGUGCCAGAGAUGGAGCAUUAUUCCUGUAUCGUUGAUAUCUUAAGUCGUGUGGGUCAUCUAAACGAUGCAAUGGAAUUUAUUAGUAGGAUGCCCGUAGAGCCCAAUGAAAUGGUUUGGCAGACUUUGUUGGGGGCUUGCAGGAUCCAUGGCAAUAUUGAAUUGGGAGAGCUUGCUGCUCAGAAGAUACUUUCUUCCAAAGCAGAAAACUCUGCCACCUUUGUUCUCUUAUCCAACACCUAUAUCGAAUCAGGGAGUUACAAAGAUGGGCUUAGUUUGCGGCUUGUGAUGAAAGAGCAGGGGGUAAAAAAGGAACCAGGAUUUAGUUGGAUCUCUAUGAAUGGUACAUUGCAUAAGUUUUAUGCAGGUGAUCAACAACAUCCAGAAAAAGAUAAAAUUUAUGCAAAGCUAGAAGAGUUGAAGUUGGCAGCCAUUUCUUUGGAUGAUGUACCAGAUUUGAGUUAUGAGCUGUAAGAUGUGGACCUUGGUUAGAUUAUACGGAUUUGGAUGGAAGUCCCGGUCCUUCGACCAAGUCUCUAUGGAGGAAAAAAGAAAAGCAUCAGCCAAAGAUAUCAAAUUAAACAGUGAAGGCAAAUUGGUGCUUAAGAACUAAAUUUGGGGGUAAAGGAUAUGGGACUUACAGAUAUGAUUGUCUGCAUUAUUCAUCUCCUGCAGUUUCUGAAAUAUGUAUGAUUAUGUACUGCAUUAGAUAAGAAAGAAUAACGAUUCGAGUUAGGGGAAUGAUAAAAAGCGCCACGGAUCUUGCUCGGUUCUGUGAAGAUCUCUUACUUUUUGACAAUAUGAUUGCUUUAUUGGGUGAAGGCUAUCAGAAGUUUGACCUCUUCUAUAGUAAUGCAUUGUUAUGGUGUGCUAAUAUGGAAUCAUAGAGCCUUUCUGCUUAUGAUAUUACUGGGGUCUACCAAACUUGUCAUGUUCGAAGUAGUAAAAUUUAUCAUUUCAUUACAUGAAUAAGUUUGGGGAGAAAUUUCUCAAAUUCAUCCAGCAAUAGAAAUGAAGACAUUUCUCUUUUCUCUCUCCCUCUUAUUUAUUUUUGUUUUAACUCUCUAAAUUUGUCUUUUAUCCUUCCCUUUUUUUUCCUUGGAAACAUGGCCUAGUUGUUUUAUUUCCUGAAACUAUUUAUCAUGCCAGAAUCUGUUUACUAUUUCUCCCGUGAAUUAGCUGAAAUGAGUUUACUGUUUUAUAUUCUUAUUAUUUCAUUUUCCUUUUUUUACCAUAAGAGGAAUUUGAUUGUUUUUGAAUUAUUGCUUUCAGCUGCAGUGAAGUGAUAACUGAUAUAAAAUACCUUUGACAUGAUCUCUCAUAGUCAUAACUAAUCGGGAAAGGAAAGUUCUUUUGUGAAGAUUAGCUAGAUGGGUCAAGGAGUGAAGGCUUGGAUGGUGAAGUUAUGAAGCAAAGAGGAAGAAAAGCUCCUGGUUUAAAGGAGGAGAGAAAUGAAUUGCAUGGGGGAGAGGGAAAAAUUGUGUGCCUUUCAGAGACUAUCCAAAAGCCAAUAACGAGACACAACAGUUGAAAGGCUGUUUUUAUGAAAUGUCUUGUGAGUAUGGCCCUCACCAGUGUUAGCUUGUUGUUGUUGUGCCAUUAUAUGUGGUCCUUUUGCUGGAUUUAUAUGCUGGUUUUCCUUAACAUGUGAAGAAGAUGGGACAAGCAACUUCCAGUGAGCAUAUAUGUAUAUAUAUAUAUAAUUGAUGGAAUUAAGAAAAAAGGAAAUAUUGUAAAGAAAAUCUAUGAAUCUCCAAGCCUACAAACCGCCCCCGUGACCUAAAAUGUUUGAAAUCUUUCUGUCAACAUCAGUAAGGGUAAACAUAACAACAAUAUGGUACGUUUCCUAACUUAAUGCUAUGCAUUUUGUUGCUA